AUGUCCGUAAGAGGAGGACCCCGUUUUAGUUCUCCUCGUGGGUUGAGUUCCUAUCCCCCUAUUCAAGAGGACCCUCAAAUGGGUGGGCCCUCAAACACGGCACCGGAGGAUAAUCCUCCGCAAGCUUCUUAUGCACCACCUAUGCCGCCUGUGGGAUUUGAUAACCCAAUUCCGACGUACCCAGGUUCUUCCGGGUAUAAUCCUUAUGGAGACCCGUCGGGAUAUCCAUUGGGCUAUGGAACUCAUGACCCAUAUCUUACGGCUGCGCAGUAUCACCACCUUUAUCCUUCUACUUACCCUCCUAUGCCUCCAACUGACUACCCAAUUCAGGGUUAUCAGUAUCCUCCGUAUCAGCCACCUCCUUCCCAGCAACUACAGCAGCAGCAACAAACUCAGGAAAUCUUAGAGAGGUUGGAUAAGGUUGAGCAUAAGACCAAGAAGAACAAGGAGAGGCAUACUAGCUUCAUGAAAGGCCUCGCCAACCUUAUCAAAGGGAAGAAGAAAUAG